GUGAGAGGUCAGCGGAGCUCCGGUCUGCAGGGGCAACAAUGGCGGGGCUCUGGGUCGGGGAGGCAGCGCUGGUCACAGCAGGACGGCGUGGACGGCGGUGGCCGCAGCCGCUGUUGCGGAGCGCGGCGCUAUGGACCCUGAAGCAUGUUCCGCAUUAUUCAAGACGGCAUUUAGUGGUGUCUCGUAGUCUCUGUUCAGCGGGAUAUGAUUCUAAUGAAAAAACUUUUGAUAAAAUUCUUGUUGCUAAUAGAGGAGAAAUUGCAUGUAGGGUUAUUAAAACUUGCAAGAAGAUGGGCAUUAAGACGGUUGCCAUCCACAGUGAUGUUGAUGCUAGUUCUGUUCACGUGAAAAUGGCGGAUGAGGCGGUCUGUGUUGGCCCAGCUCCCACCAGUAAAAGCUACCUCAACAUGGAUGCCAUCGUGGAAGCCAUUAAGAAAACCGGGGCCCAAGCUGUACAUCCAGGUUAUGGAUUUCUUUCAGAAAAUAAAGAAUUUGCCAAAUGUUUGGCAGCAGAAGAUGUCGUUUUCAUUGGACCUGAUACACAUGCUAUUCAAGCCAUGGGUGACAAGAUUGAAAGCAAAUUAUUAGCUAAGAACGCAAAGGUUAACACAAUCCCUGGCUUUGAUGGAGUGGUCAAGGAUGCAGAUGAAGCUGUCAGAAUUGCAGGGGAAAUUGGCUACCCUGUCAUGAUCAAGGCCUCAGCAGGUGGUGGUGGGAAAGGCAUGCGAAUCGCUUGGGAUGAUGAAGAGACCAGGGAUGGUUUUAGAUUUUCAUCUCAAGAAGCUGCUUCUAGUUUUGGUGAUGAUAGGCUACUAAUAGAAAAAUUUAUUGAUAACCCUCGUCAUAUAGAAGUCCAGGUUUUAGGUGAUAAACAUGGGAAUGCCUUGUGGCUCAAUGAAAGAGAGUGCUCAAUUCAGCGAAGAAAUCAGAAGGUGGUAGAGGAAGCACCAAGCCUUUUUCUGGAUUCUGAGACUCGAAGAGCAAUGGGAGAACAAGCUGUAGCCCUUGCCAAAGCAGUAAAUUAUUCUUCUGCUGGAACCGUAGAAUUCCUUGUGGACUCAAAAAAGAAUUUUUAUUUCUUGGAAAUGAAUACGAGACUCCAGGUUGAGCAUCCUGUCACAGAGUGCAUUACUGGCCUGGACCUAGUCCAAGAAAUGAUCCGUGUUGCCAAGGGUUACCCUCUCAGGCACAGACAAGCUGAUAUUGCCAUCAGCGGCUGGGCAGUUGAAUGUCGGGUUUAUGCCGAGGACCCCUACAAGUCUUUUGGUUUACCGUCUAUUGGGAGAUUGUCUCAGUACCAAGAACCAAUACAUCUACCUGGUGUCCGGGUUGAUAGUGGCAUCCAACCAGGAAGUGAUAUUAGCAUUUAUUAUGAUCCAAUGAUUUCAAAACUAAUCACAUAUGGUUCUGAUAGAAGGGAAGCACUGAAAAGAAUGGAAGAUGCACUGGAUAAUUAUGUUAUUCGAGGUGUUACACAUAAUAUUGCAUUACUUCGAGAGGUGAUAAUCAACUCACGCUUUGUGAAAGGAGACAUCAACACUAAAUUUCUUUCUGAUGUGUAUCCUGAUGGCUUUAAAGGACACCAGUUAACAGAGAAUGAGAGAAACCAGUUAUUGGCAAUAGCUUCAUCCUUGUUUGUGGCAUCCCAAUUAAGAGCACAUCGUUUUCAAGAAGAUGAAAAUUCAAGAGUUCCUAUUGUAAAACCACAAGUGGCCAACUGGGAGCUCUCAAUAAAACUGCAUGAUGAAGUUUAUAAUGUCGUAGCAUCCAACAGUGGGCCAACAUUCUCUGUCUCCUAUUACAACAGAAAAACACCCCUGGAUACAGCUAAAUCUCUUCUUUACAUCAUCCCAUCUGCCUCUUCCUCCCCAGCGGUGACAGCUGUCCUGAAGGUGGAAGUUGAUGAGUCGAAACUAAAUGUGACCGGCACGUGGAACCUGGCUUCACCCUUAUUGUCUGUCAACGUUGAUGGCACUCAGAGGAUGAUACAGUGUCUGUCUCGAGAAGCAGGUGGCAACAUGAGCAUUCAGUUUCUUGGUACCGUGUACAAGGUGCAUAUCCUAACCAAACUCGCCGCAGAAUUGAACAAAUUUAUGCUGGGAAAAGCGGCUGAGGACACAAGCAGUAUUCUGCGCUCCCCAAUGCCUGGCGUGGUGGUGGCCGUCUCUGUCAAGCCUGGGGACCUGGUAGCAGAAGGUCAGGAAAUUUGUGUGAUUGAAGCCAUGAAGAUGCAGAACAGUAUGACAGCUGGGAAAACUGGCAAGGUGAAAUCGGUGCAUUGUAAAGCUGGAGACACAGUUGCAGAAGGAGAUCUGCUCGUGGAACUGGAAUGAAGUAUUUAUAGCCUUUCAGUCAUCACCCAAUUUAAUUAGCCAUUUGUAUUAUUAUUCUUUCACACUCAAUUUAGUCAAGCGUUUUGCAGGAACACCCCUGUGUAGCAGAUUUUACAUGGUCAUAUUUAUUCCACAUAUAGUCAAAACCAACAUUUGCCAAAAAAUCACCAAUGGAAAUUUUUAUUGAUAUAAAUACUUGUACAUAUGAUUUGUACUUCUGCUGUGAGAUUUCUUAGUGUCUAAAUUAAAUCAAUAAAACUGAGCAUUUGUCUAAAUAUUAGUUUGCCCUUUUUUUGAAUGAAGACAAUGUACAUAAGAGGCUAUGGGCUGUGCC